CCAAAUGGUGAAACGGUUUUCUCUCCGUUGUGUUCUCUCCUCCUCCUCCUCCUCCCACUCCUCUAACACCAAUCUCCUUGGGAAACCUCACAAUGAAAAUUUGAGUUUCAGAACAAGCUUCUUUCUCUCCUACUAUUUCUAUCUUCAUUCUUUCGUGGGUUUCGAUUAUUUCAAUGGCCUUCUGUCUUUUUUCUUCCACGUUUGAUUCUCUCAACCCUCUGGUUAUGGUUACCGAGAAAACAACAAACUAGGGACAAUCAACAAUUACUUUUGAAUUCCAAUUAGAGUGGCACAAAAACAGGAAAAAUGUCUAGUUUCGUGGGUGUUAUAGUUUCUGAUCCAUGGCUUCAGAGCCAAUUCACACAAGUUGAGCUCCGCGGCCUCAAAACCAAAUUUCUUUCUGCAAGGAACCAAUCUGGAAAAGUAACCCUGAGAGAUCUGCCACCAGUAAUGGUGAAACUAAAGGGUGUGAACGAAAUACUUACUGAACCACAGAUAAGGACGAUUUUGGGGGAGUCAUCUUCUGACGAGAGCAAAGAAAUUGAUUUUGAAUCCUUCCUUAGGGCAUACCUGAAUUUACAGGCAAGAGCAACAUCAAAAAUGGGUGGACCAAAAUUGAAAACUUCUACUUCAUUUCUCAAAGCUACCACAACCACCCUCCGCCACACUGUUAGUGAAUCUGAGAAGGCCUCAUAUGUAAAUCAUGUUAACCGCUUCCUUGGAGAAGAUUCAUUCUUGAAGCAAUAUCUUCCUCUAGAACCCUCCACCAAUGCUUUAUUUGACCUUGCAAAGGAUGGAGUUCUGCUCUGUAAGCUCAUCAAUGUCGCUGUGCCCGGAACAAUAGAUGAGCGUGCAAUUAACACCAAACAGUCCCUUAAUCCAUGGGAGAGAAAUGAGAAUCACACUCUUUGCCUCAAUUCUGCAAAGGCUAUAGGCUGCACUGUGGUUAACAUUGGCACGCAAGACUUGGUUGAAGCAAGACCACAUUUGGUGAUGGGAUUGAUUUCUCAAAUAAUCAAGAUUCAACUAUUAGCUGAUGUCAAUUUAAAGAAAACUCCUCAACUUGUUGAAUUGGUGGAUGACAGCAAGGAUGUUGAGGAACUCAUGGGUUUACCCCCCGAGAAGGUUUUACUCAAAUGGAUGAAUUUCCAAUUGAAGAAAUCAGGCUACAAGAAGCAGGUUACGAAUUUCUCAUCUGAUCUAAAGGAUGGUGAGGCCUAUGCUCACUUGCUCAAUGUGCUUGCACCAGAACAUGGUAGCCCUUCCACUUUGGAUACCAAGGAUCCUGCUGAAAGAGCAAGGUUGGUUGUUGAGCAUGCAGAGAAAAUGGACUGCAAAAGAUAUGUCACUCCGAAUGACAUUGUGGAGGGAUCAACCAACCUAAAUCUUGCAUUUGUUGCUCAAAUAUUUCAGCAAAGGAAUGGCUUAUCCGUAGAUAGUUCAAAGAUGUCUUUUGCUGAGAUGAUGACGGAUGAUGCCCAAACUUCUAGGGAAGAGAGAUGCUUCAGAUUGUGGAUUAACAGUCUUGGAGUUGAUUCAUAUGUUAAUAAUGUAUUUGAGGAUGUCAGAACAGGAUGGGUCAUAUUGGAAGUUCUUGACAAAGUUUCCCCAGGAUCAGUAAACUGGAAGCAAGCCACAAAACCUCCAAUUAAGAUGCCUUUCAGAAAAGUUGAGAAUUGCAACCAAGUUGUGAGGAUUGGGAAGGAAUUAAAUUUCUCUCUUGUGAACAUAGCUGGAAAUGAUAUUGUACAAGGAAACAAGAAACUUAUACUUGCUUUUCUGUGGCAGUUGAUGAGGUUCACCAUGCUCCAACUCCUGAGAAAUUUAAGGUCUCACUCUCAGGGAAAGGAAAUAACAGACAAUGACAUUCUAAACUGGGCAAACCACAAAGUGAGGAGCUCAGGCAGGAAAACUCAAAUGGAGAGCUUUAAGGAUAAAAAUCUUUCGAAUGGGAUGUUUUUUCUUGAACUUCUUAGUACUGUGGAGCCAAGAGUUGUUAACUGGGGUGUUGUUACUAAAGGCGAAACUGAUGAGGAUAAGAAGUUAAAUGCUACAUAUAUCAUUAGUGUUGCUCGAAAGCUUGGAUGCUCCAUUUUCUUAUUACCUGAGGACAUAAUGGAGGUGAACCAAAAGAUGAUCCUCAUUUUAACAGCAAGUGUAAUGUACUGGAGCCUAGUAAAUAAGCCUGGGGAAUUAAUACCCACUCAGGUAGCUGAUGCUGCUUUCCCAAUGGCAUCUGUUGAUGGAGAGAAGGAGACUACUCCAGUAGGUGUGCCCUCUGAUCUGUCAAUUGAUCAUACUGCUCGCUCUGCCAAUGAUGGAAUUGAGGAUGUAGGAAUAGAGGUCAAAAAAGACAACCCUCCUGAUGAAGAAUGACCAAGAAUUUCUCUGCUUAUCAUCUUCUUUUUCUUCCAACAUCAAAGAGAUGGGGAGGAAACUUGUUGCAGGUAGUUUAAGUCGGUCAAUUUGUUUGUGAAAAAUGUUGUGGUUGAUGAUGUUAACGAUUCAGUGAGCCACAGAGACAAGGUUGUUGUAAAUUUCCCUUUAUGUAAUUAGUUCUUAGGCGCAUUCCUUUUGACAAUUCUUUCAUUGAUUAUGUUGAAUAAUGAAAUGAAGGAGAAAUGUUUCAGAUUUGCAGUUGCUGUAAAGCAUUAUCAAUGAG